AAGAGCGUGCGGUUGGGCGGGACCUAAGGGCGAGGCCCCGCCCAUGCGCGUGCCUGCGCGUGCGCGCGAGCGACUCCUGCUCCGAAGCUCUGUGCGGGUCUCUGUACGAAUGCAGCGGGCCGGCAUUAGUGCCGCUCGUAAAGACCCGGGUGGCAAUGGGCAGAAAGGAGCCAUGGGUUGGCUAAGACAGAGCGGUAUCCGAGGGCGGACACCGCGUCCAAGUAUUGUACGAGCGAGUUGGUUCGCAACUACUUGGGCGCACGUGACCCCAAGGCGUUCAGCCAAUAUUUAUUCGGACUCAUUUUCCUCACCUACAAAAUGCACAGUCUUGUAAGACCAGCGAACAUGACAGGACACAGGGCGAGCUCUCACUCCCUCCCCUUUCCCCUCGGAUUGGCCAGGCCCCUCCUCCUCCAGAUUCCGGGGACGCGCGUACCGUAGCGUAAUGACGUAAGAGGAGGACUCUUUCCCAUCCUCAUCGCCGUUUCCUAGGAAACGUGGACUCUGCGUUCCACUCUCCGUCGCCGCCCCCGUGACGUCAUGGCCCGGAUAGGAGGGCGGGGCGAGCGCUAACUCCAGGGGCGGGGCGGCGCAGGCUGGCCAGCCGGGUUGUGCACCUGCGCCUCGGCGGGCCGCCUGGGGCACCAUCCCGGGCCCGCCCGGCCCCGCCAUGGCCAGGCCGCAGAGGACCCCGGCGCGCAGUCCCGACAGCAUCGUCGAGGUGAAAAGCAAAUUUGACGCCGAGUUCCGACGCUUCGCGCUGCCCCGCGCCUCGGUGAGCGACUUCCAGGAGUUCUCGCGGUUACUAAGAGCUGUGCACCAGAUCCCGGGCCUGGACGUGCUGCUUGGCUAUACGGAUGCUCACGGCGACCUGCUGCCCCUCACCAGCGACGACAGCCUGCACCGGGCUCUGGCCAGCGGACCCCCGCCACUGCGCCUGCUGGUGCAGAAGCGGGAAGCUGACUCCAGUGGCCUGGCCUUUGCUUCCAACUCCCUGCAGCGACGGAAGAAAGGGCUCCUGCUGCGACCAGUGGCACCUUUGCGCGCCCGGCCACCCCUGCUAAUCAGCCUGCCCCAAGACUUCCGUCAAAUUUCCUCUGUCAUAGACGUAGACCUACUGCCUGAGACCCACCGACGGGUGAGACUGCACAAGCAUGGUUCAGACCGCCCUCUGGGCUUCUACAUCCGAGAUGGAAUGAGCAUGCGUGUGGCUCCCCAGGGCCUGGAGCGUGUUCCAGGCAUCUUCAUCUCACGCCUGGUACGUGGGGGCCUGGCUGAGAGUACAGGGCUGCUGGCGGUCAGUGAUGAGAUCCUCGAGGUCAAUGGCAUUGAGGUGGCUGGGAAGACCUUGGACCAGGUGACGGACAUGAUGGUUGCCAACAGCCACAACCUCAUCGUCACUGUCAAGCCUGCUAACCAGCACAAUAACGUGGUGCGGGGAGUGCCAAGGCGUCUGGCAGGGCCUCCCUCUGUCCGGCUGGGGCCUGCUGAGCUUGAGAGUGAUGAUGACAGCAAUGACUUGGUCAUUGAGAACCGCCGACCUUCAUGUUCCAAUGGGCUGUCCCAGGGGCCCUCGUGCUGGGACCUGCGCCCUGGCCGACUACUUCCUGGUACCCGCAGCUCUCUGCCCUCCCUGGAUGAUCAGGAGCAGGCCAGCUCUGGUUGGAGGAGUAGCAUUCGAGGAGAUGGUAGUGGCUUCAGCCUUUGAUGGGCAGGGUCUUAGCCCCUUGCCAGUCGAGGUUGUGGGGCAAGACAGGGACUUCCCUGGUGGGGAUUUUUAGCUCGCUUAUAAGGCCCUCUCAGUCUGGGGGAACAUUAAAGGUUUUCUACAAAUGCACUCAUGGUUCUUCUGUGUACCAGCCCCAGCCUCCUCCCCAUUCCCUCAAGCAAGCCUGCUGCCCUGGACAUGAAACAGGAGUGAUGAGAGCAGCAGGAGACUUUCCUGCAGUCGAGCAGUAGGAGAGUCACCAGGUUUGGCAUUUGUAGGGUAAAAAAAGCUCUUAUGGAAGCAAACCCAGCUAUGUACAAAAAGUUUAAUUUUGACAAAGGAGGGAAGAGCUCAGGCUGGCCCUUCUGCAGCCCUCACUGGCUGGAAAGGGUGCUCUGGGAGUACUGCCUGCCCACCCCCCUGAAUUUGGACCUCUGCUCUACAGUGGGACUCAGCCCUGCCCUUUUUGUGGCCAUGCAGCAAUCCUUAGCAUGGAUCCCCUCCCUUUACCCCCCUCAC